AGCAGGGGCGCGCCAGGCUCUUCGCGAGCAAAGAGUGGCGACAGCCGUUGAGCGUGCGAGGGAACCGUUGGUUUUCCAGUUGCUGUCUUCCAGGAUCCGUGCGAUAGUUGGAAUGGCCCGUGGAAAUCAACGAGAACUUGCCCGCCAAAAAAACAUGAAGAAAACCCAGGAAAUUAGCAAGGGAAAAAGAAAAGAGGAUAGCUUGACUACCUCUCAGAGAAAGCAGAGGGAUUCUGAGAUCAUGCAACAAAAGCAGAAGACAGCUAAUGAGAAGAAGUCUUUGCAGACAAGAGAAAAAUGACUGGCUAUUUGGAAAAGCAGGUGCUACUGCCAACUGGGUGUAUCAUAAGUUCUAAGAUCAAGAUUUUAUAGAAUGAACAGUCACUACAUAUGUUAUAACUUAUCCUUAUAAACUGCCUAUUUUAAAUUUUGCCUUUCAGCUUGAUUUAGUGUGAUGUUUUAGAACCAUUCUUCAAAAAAUAAAACACUACCCAUACAUGUGGCAUAUUGGUGAACCUUAUUUUUUUUUAUCUUCAGUGAACAUUUAUGUAAUUUCUUAUAUAGGUAAUAUGAUCAGAAAAUAAUCUUUUAUAUAAAUAUACAAUUUUUCUCAU